AUGUUCCCUUCUAUCCUCAAGGAUACGGAGUUUUGUGGAUGGAGAUCCCGACUAGCUGGACAGCCUUGUCUCGUGGCCUUUCGGGCAACAGAACCCACCCAUCAGGAAAUCAACACGGGCGUAGCCCUCGCAUACAUCAACAGGCAACCCUACAGCAAUAUACUCGUCCGUUUUGAGAACAACGCCAGCGACACUGGGCGAUGCAAGAGAGGGAACAUUAGAGUCCGGCGCGAGUGCCCCUUCUCCAAUAUGACGGUCCACCUCGGACCGCAAGCGAUGCCUUCGUACGGCAACGCCACGACCUAUAAUUCGGCAACGAUCAUAGAGGGCAGCCCGCGCUGCCUGACGCGGGACCUUGACGCCUACCCGCUGCGCCGAUGGGCCAACUCCGGCAACAUGAUGAACCUGAUCCGUGGAAAUAGCGCCGUCAAGAAGUUCUAG